UAAUGAAAUCAGGUUAACCCGAAUAAUGGAUACUCGAGAUGCGUAGUCUCUUCCACCAUGUUUCCCUUUACAUAGUUCUCUUGUCCAGUUCUAUAAUAGGAAAUAUAGGAGAAAGCACGAUUGACAUUACUCAAAACUUAAAGAAACUAUGGAUUUUCACAAUAUUAUCGUUGCUUUAACUACGAAAGAAAUAGAAAAUGAUGAAAAUUUUGAUGAAAAGCUACAAAUUGUGUUGGAAAGAGCAUUUGUUCUUAUUCCUGAAAAAAUUCAAACAGAAAUUAAUGAAGACAGAAACUCUGUAGAGACAGAUUGUAGUAUACGCUGGAAAUACUUGCAUACUCUUCUCUAUGUGUUAAAUACUAUGCAAAGGAUUCAGCAUGAAUCACCAGAAGCAUGCCUCAGUGUUAGCGAUGUUCGUUCUAUAAAAACAGCAAUUGAGACUGUUGUAUCAAUGGGUAUUCUACCAUUUCUCCUUCCUAGAGUUGGUUUUAGUAUACAUAAAUUGUAUCCAAAGGCCAUGAACAUUCCUUUAGAAAAUCUAACAGAUAUUCAGAAAUAUAAAAGAUUAUCUCAUACAGUUCGCAUUCUCAGUCAAUGGUUUACUCAGACUCUUUUUAAAACAGUUGUUUUUGCACAGCUGGGUCCACUCAUAUCAGGUUUAUUGCAACUUUCGUAUGUGCCGUUAAUGAAACCAUCAGAAAGUACAUUCUCCAGUUCAACAUUAAUGUCAAAUCAGUUUGUAAUGACUGCAAAACUUUAUAUGCAGUUGAGAAACGAACAAGAGGAGUUUCAGAUAAUAUUAAAAUCUUUAAUAAAUAACUGUCCAGGAAGUGCUAUUAUAAAAGAACUUAUGAUAGUGCUUGGAGUUAAGAAUGCACCAAAAUGGUUACGCAUAGAAACGCGUAAAUGUCUGAUAGAUAUAAUAACACAAAGUAAUGGCGUACUUGCUUUAGUACUAGCAGUUUGUGAUGAUAUUUUGGAUUUGGGUGCUCAUUGGGGCAAAUUAGAUAUCGUCGCGUUACUGUUAGCCACUUCGCAAGAGGCAGAUAGUCAAAAAUACUUUGAAUCAGUGUGCUCACAGCUAGUAGACUUGUUGAAAUCAAAAAGCAUAAGGCAUGCUUCAACAAUUGCGAGUUAUUGCAUUAGAACACUCUAUUUAACUAAUGAUGAAAUUUGUACACAAAAGAUCAUUCAUGUAAUAGCAGCACCAUUGUUGUCUAAAACUGAAAAAUUGAACUAUACUGAAGAACAAUUAACUGAGUGCAUAGAGAAUUUAUCCAAGUGUUUUACCACAAGUGAAGCAAACUUUAAGAGUUUACCAAGUGAUUGUUUACAAGAAUUUGCGAUUCCAUUAUUCCGGCUGUACGUUCAAGCCCGUAAGAGUAUUUUGGCACUUCGAAAUACAGUACAAGAACUAUUAUUAGUGUUACUAUCCGAUGCAGCAUCGAGAAAUACUAUUUUUUCUGUUUUUUUGGAAGAUAAUAGUAUCGAAAGCUAUAAAUAUUUUGGGGAAAAAUUGUCUUUUGCUCUUGGUCCUUCCGGAGGAUUUCAAAUUAUUAAAACAGAAACGAACAUUAGUCGUGAAGAAUUAAGUGACAGCCUUAUGGACUUGAUCAAAAAUGAUAAUAACUUGUUGUCCGCUUUAUUCACCUACUUAUUAAAUAGCCUGGUACAUUUAAAAAAACCUACCCGGACAUGUGAUAAUCGCUUGGAAACACCGGAGGACACUAUAGAGUUUAUUGAGAAAAGAGUAGUGACUAUUAAAUUAUUAUCACAACUAGCGGCAACACCAUCAGUCCAACAAGCACAAUUAGAAAAUCCAGAGGCAUUACUAGCCUUUAUAAAAUCAUUGUUUGGAGAGAAAAAUUUCAACUCAGACGCAGCGAAUAAGGUCCUUAUCACUGAAAAUGAUAUGGAAGCAUUGUAUAUUGGUUUAAUGCUGAUUCAAAUGAUACUAACUGAAAGGGGGAAACCAAAAGAUUGGAAACCAUUUACAGAUCUUCUUAACUAUUUGACUGGUGUGCGUGGUUCUAUUAAAGAACAUGCAGAGCUUAAUGUUUUGAUAGAAGAAUUGAUAAUAAUUAUCAAAACGAAAGGUAAAUCAGUAACAAGACAUUAUGAAGAUAUGUCAGUGGACAGCAAGAAGUCAAGCGAAUAUGAAAAAGCUAUAAAAGAUUUGGCAGAUCCUUUGCUUCCUAUUCGUGCACACGGUUUAAUAGUUCUUACGAAAUUAAUUGAAUCACGCGAUCCCAAUAUUAUGGCUAAUAAAGAUAUAAUACUAUGUUUCUUCCAAGAAAAUCUAAAAGAUGACGAUUCAUUCAUCUAUUUAGCGGCCAUAAACGGCUUAUGUGCUUUGGCAUUAUUAUUCCCGGACAAAUUAAUUCAAGUACUCAUUCAAGAAUAUAUUAGUAUGCCCACUAGAAGUGGAUCCAAUGAAAUACCACCGGAAACAAGAUCAAAACUUGGUGAAGUUUUGGUAAAAGUCACCAGAGCUUUAGGUGAAAUGGCUCAAUUACAUAGAAAUGUAUUAAUAAAUGCCUUUUUGUGUGGAACUCGUGAUCCGGAACCAUUAGUGCGUGCAUCAAGUUUGUCUUGUCUGGGCGAAUUAUGCAAAGUUUUAGGAUUCCGUUUAGGAAAUAUCAUAGUUGAGGUUCUUUACUGUAUCGGCUGUAUAAUAAAAACUGACAAAGCACUGGAAUGUCGAAGGGCCGGAGUGCUGGUAGCAACAUUGCUACUACGAGGAUUAGGAAAGGAUGCCUUGAGGAGUCUCGGCAGCGACCUAGUGACUGUGUAUCGAGGACUUAUUCAUUUAAGGGAUACCGAUGAUGAUCCUGUCUUACGCCUUCAUGCGCAACUCGCCCUGGAGGAACUCGAUGAUAUUGUCAAGGAUUUCUUGUUUUCAAAUCCAAAACUUCAGAAAAAUAUAUUCCUUUUACAUUCCACAUAACUUGGCUCCACAAACACAUGAUUUAUUGUGCAACCGUUUAGUUUAUACUCAAUAAAAUUUAUAUAUACAAAUUU